CGUUUCAUCAUGUGACCGUCACGUGAUUAUCUAAUGAAAUAAAAUGUCAAAAUGGCGGAUGUACCAAUUGACAGUGGACAAAAUUCCGAAAUGGUCAAGGAUCAAAAUAUAACUGAGGAGGAAGAUUUUUCUUGCGAAAAUUUUCAGGACGGACAGUUAUCAUAUGUAGGACAUGAUAUAGAGUCUGUACCACAAAAAUUGAUAGAAGAUUACUCAAAGGUGACAACAAGAUUAGAUCUGAGCUUUAACCAAGUCAAGAAUUUGACGGGCCUUGAGGAUUUUUGCCAUUUGCAGGAGCUAGUUUUAGACAACAAUGAAAUAGAUGACACCACUGUGUUCCCUCGUUUGCAACAGCUGCAUACUCUCACACUCAACAAAAAUAAGUUAACAGAUUUAGAGCAUUUAAUAGAAGAGAUAAAGAGUAAGUUUCCUAGACUUACAUAUUUAAGUUUACUGGGAAAUGCAGCGUGUCCCAACCAGCUCUCGGCACACGACAAAGAUGAUGAAGAUUAUUCCAGAUAUAGAUAUAAAGUGCUUUAUAAUUUACCCAAUUUGAAGUUCCUAGAUUCGACCCCGGUUACAGGAACAGAUCUGGAGGAAGCUAAACGUGUUGGUCCAUUUUUGACGGUGGUCAGAGGCUCUGAUGAACCACAUACAUUCCCUGAAGAGAGUCCACCAUCUCCUAGUCCCUACUCACCACUUCCUGAAGCUGGGAGAAAUGAUGAGCAUCAGGGAACAUUUGGAAAGAGCAAAUAUGUGUAUUAUGGCAAACAUUCUGAAGGAAAUAGAUUUAUCCGCAAUACAGACCUUUGACCUGAAAUUGAUCAUUUUUACUUCACUGCAUUGAACUGGACUGACCUGAUGUAUCUCAUUGGUGCCAAAAAGUCACAUGACCUGCCUGUGUCUGCCGGAGGGAUAUUCUACUUCUAUUUGUGCAACAUGAAUUGUGACUGAGAUAUGGAGAUAUUUACCACCAGUGUCUUGUGUAUUUUCGCUAUGCUCUUUAUUUUGUUCAGAAGCAUUUGUGGGCAUGGGGCAAUAUAACUUGAAUUUAUUCAUAUUGGGUAAAAUGACAUGUUCUUACAGGGUUAUUAUUCUUGGAGUUGUCUGUGUCCUACUUAAUUAUCUUUAGCAUAUUUAAGUUGUAAAUUUAUUUAUAUGCGAGGUUCUAUAUUCCGGAAAUUGUAAAAAAGUUAAUCUGCUUGUUUUGGCUUUUUUUGUUUACUGGGUGUACAUAAAAGCUAUACAUCAAGCAGCGUUACCUUCACUGUCUACCUUAAAGAUUGAUUGCUGUUAAUUGUAUGGAUGUUUUAACACCUCUGAUUUCCUGUAAACCUUGAUGACUCUAUACCUGUAACAAACACGGCUUCACAUGUAAUUUGUAUCCAGGGACAGAUAUCAAUGUUUGUUUAAUUAAACACACUGCAAACACAAAUCUUCUAAAUGAAACAAUUACGUUUUUUGUUCUGUUCGUCUUUAACCUUCCUACUGUCAUUACGGAAACACUAAACAUAGUGGGGAAGGUUUGUGUAAUGAGGAGAUUUUGUAUUAUAUUAAUGGUUAAUAUUUACGCGAGGAUAAAUGUAGGCGAGGUGAGGGACCUCUCGAAUAUAGCCAAACCAUGCGAACAUUUCUGAUUUUACAGUAUUGCCACUCCAUGACACUGCAAAGCACACAAUCAACUAUUUUAUUCCUACAGUAAAAAUGCUGAUAAAGGAAUGGUAUAAUACAUGCAGAAAGAUUUUUUUUUCAACAUGCAGUGUUGUAUUUUUGUGCUAUCUUGCUCUGUAAAGAUUCUUAAUUUGUAAUUAUAGUAUCAAAUCAAAAGAGGAGUUCUGUACCUCAUAUUUUUAUUUUGAUGUAAAUGGGAUAUAAACUGAAACUUUUUACUUCUGUUUUGCAUCAUAUAACCUGUACUGUAUACGUGUGCAGUAAGCCAAAAUCAAUAAAAGAAAUUUGUGAUACUUUUUAUUGUGAUUUGCUGAAUUUGAGAUGUAUUAGUGUAAAUGUAGAAUAAAUGUGCAGAAAUGUAUGAGGUAGUUGAUAUUUUUUAAAGAUAUUUACAACAUGUAACAAGAUACAGUUAUCAUAAUUUUGAAUAAUUUCAGUAACAGUUUAUAAUGCAUUUAUAUAAAGAAUUGAGAAGUUACAUUUGGGAGGACAAAUGAUUUCAGUUGAUAGUGGAAAUAGGAAGAAGUUUAUCAGAUAAAUACAAAACUAUUUAAGAAAACUGUUUUGCUUAAGUACCCUAUUAAACACAUUUUAUGUGCCAUUUUGCUUUGCCUAUUUGGUGUUUUGUUACAUUAAAUUGUUUUAAUAUUUUUGUAUUAUGGUUACUUGUUUUGGUGUCAUUUUAGAGUAAGGAUGUCUGAUAGCUUUUGAAAAUCAGUUAAAGGUUGUAUAGCACGUGUAUCUUUUACUCCUUACCUUAUCCAUUUUGUUAUUUCAUUUUAUACAAUUUUAUCAAAAACUGAGCGAGUACAGUGCAUUUUUAUCUAUUAAUUGUUACAGACUUUUUUUCUUGCAUGCAAGAACAUGAACAAAGCACAUGUUUUACAUGUCACCAUUAUCUUCUCUUUUUUUUGCUUUAUUGUCAUACCUGUCAAGACACACGCAUUGCGCGUGUGUCACAGACAUUUCGGCCCUAGAUCACGCUCACACGCCUACUAUUCAAGGUCACACACAUUUUAAAGAAAUAAAGCAAUUGUUUUUUCAUAGAAAAUUAUUGAAUCAAACAUGCGAGGCGACGUUGACACAGUGUUUUCAUACCGUAUACAGCUUUUACAUUCACCGGUGCAACGUGUUAUUUCUACCGCAUGAAUAAACAUCACAAAAAGUAAACAUGGAGGGAGACUAUUCUGUUUUGUGUUAAAAAUCUAAAUUUUCCAUGUGAGAGCGUUUCUGGCUUUUAGGGAUCAUCGCCCUCCAGACUUCCACGAAGGACAACCUUCCUUUUGAACCCCGAUCACACACAUGGCCUUUGUGGAGCCUUGACAGCUAUGUAUUGUAGUUAAAUCAGAUGUGAUAUGGCUUUUGACUGUAAUAAUAUUUCAAAAGCAGACAUUUCUGAAAUUGAAUGUAUAUCUAAAAUAUAUUGAAAUAAAGGGGACUAACUUAGAAGAAACUUAUGGUUUUGCUGUUGGGAGUUCAAUAAGCUAGAUACCUUUCUAAAAUUUCAUAUUUCCUUGAAAUACUGUAAAAGAACAUACUUUGCUGGGUCAAAAUUUUGCGAAUUCAAAAUUUUGUGUAUGUUCAUGAGGUUUAAUAUUCAGAAAUUGUAAAAAUGGUAUCAUACUUGAAUUUGAAUUAUACUAAUGGUGAAUAUUUACAUGAGGAUUAAUUUUUCUUUAGAUGUUACUAAAGUGAAAAUUCAACUCUCGUGAAAAUUUCAGCUUUUACAGUAGCUGUUUUGGCCUACACUAUAAAAAAUUCAUGCCAAUGAAAUCAGUCAGUUUUACAGAUGUGAUAUUGAAGUAUAAUAGGAGUACAUUUCUGUGUAAUCUAGUUUGUGGGUCGGUUAAUUUAAAAACAAAGGGAAAACUUAUUCAGUCCUGUUUUGAAACAGAUUCACAAGAAUGUUCCUUGUGUGACCCUGUAACAACAAAUUAUUUUGAUUCAUGAAAAAUCUUGGUUGCUAGGCUGUGUGGUCAUUUUUCCUUAAAUGUAUACAGUUAUAUUUUUCAUGUUUUUGUCUUAUGUAUGAACAUAUUUAAAUGAUGCAUUCAGAUGGAACUAUAAAUCAAGGUUCUAGUUUGGUUGCUGUUGACUGUUUUCUGGGGUAGAUAUGGUACCUAGCUUUUUGCUUAUUUUGUACUUUGGUGUGUUUGUGUAUGACAGGUUAUGUUCUUCUCAGUUGGUUUUGAAUUAUGUAAAUUGUAAUGAAGGAUAUAGGUUGCAAAUGGCAGCCCUUUUAUUAGACAACGUAUGUUGUGCAGUCAGCUUUUUAUGCUGCUAGAUCUCACACUAGUACUAAAUGACAAUGCAUGUAAUUACAUUCUGUGAUAUCAUAGAUUUUUGUGGGCAUAAAGCUCAUAGUUUUGGCCAAAACAGGUUUCUAACUGGAUGUAAUUUUGUGUAUGAAUGCAACCAUAAAAUUGACAAAAGUUGUUCCCAACAGAUAUAGUGAUUUUACAUUAUCUUUCUCAUUUUGCAUCAAAAUAUAAUUUUUUUUAUUCACCAUCUUGCUUCAGAUAGGUUAAUAUUUUAUGGUUUAUAUAUUAGCUGCACCAUGAGAAAACCAACAAAGUGCAUUUGCGACCAGCAUGGAUCCAGACCAGCUGUGCAUCUGCGCAGUCUGGUCAGGAUCCAUACUGUUCGCUAACGGUUUCUCUAAUUGCAAUAGGGUUUGAAGGCGAACAGCAUGGGUCCUGACCAGACUGAGACUGCGCAGAUGCGCAGGCUGGUCUAGAUCCAUGCUGGUCCCAAAUGCACUAUGUUGGUUUUCCCAUGGUGCAGCUCAUAUCUGUUCAGUGUGGGUACAUGUAUUUUCGUGGGAUGUGCUUACUUAUAAUUGAAAAUCCAUGUAAAAAAGCUUUAUAUGUAGUCAAGCUUUCUUUCUGUUAUAUGUUCUUUGUUAGAAUAUUCAUAAAUAAACUAUGAAUUCAUUUUGUA